GACUUCUAGCACCAGCUGGGGGACCUCUGUUGAAUCAGUCACAUAUUCCAAAGUCAAACAAUGAUUCCCUUGCUGCUGUUAAUGCUGCUGCCUCUGUCCCUGGCAAUACAAGAUAAAGUCUGUUUCAACAUCACCGAUGGAAACAUUCAAGUAAACUCCACAUACCUUCACAUCUUUGAUGGAAGAUGGGCCCCAAACUGUAGUCUGAAUGGAUCCUGCUGCCUCCUCCGGUGCAUGUCCAGAGUCUCGCAGUGGUUCAAUGGAUCCCGUGAAUGCUUUGACGCUAACGUGACGAUUCAUCCAACAAUGCACGAGUACAAAUUAACACAGGACAUAAACUGCACAGCGUACUUGUGCGAUGGCACUGUUAUCUUGAGAAUGAUGGAUGAUCUGAACAGUGAGACUGCCAUGCACUAUGAAAUGAUGGAGCUAUACUACAUCAGACAAUCAUGUGCACAUCUUUUCAAACACAACCCAGAAGUCAUGAUACACUUCAUAAAAAUAGAAAAAGAGAUCAUCCACAACAUCAUGAGGGAUUCCCAGCUCGAGACUGGAGGCUCCAAAACCCACAACUUUAAGACUUUAUCGCUGAAUGUGAUCAGCAUCAACGAGUCUGACCUCAGCCUGGCAGGAACAGACUCCAGGAUCCGGGUCCAAGCGCCACAGCUGCUGCCUCAGAAUGAAUCAUUCAUCCCUAACAUUUGGCUGCCAGUCAACGCCAUGCGAGACAUCCCACAGGAGAAGAGGGUCAUUGGUUUGGCCUGCUACAGUGAUCCCAGCCAGUUUCAAUUUAAAAAUGACACAAUCUCAUCAGUGGUUGUCAGAAUAGAGCUGCUGGGAGAUCGGCAACUUCAUGAUCUAAACACAUCCAUCAAGAUGAUUUUCAGAACAACUACACCCAACAACGCAGAUGACAGACAGUUACUCUGCAAAUACUUCAGUGAAACUGAUUUCAGCUGGGAAUCAGAUGGAUGUGAGACUUACAAUGAAACCUAUGAACACCACACUGAUAUUACCUGCUUCUGUGACCACACAACGCCAUUUGCUGUCCUGUUGAUGAAAGAACCUAUAUCAAAGGCUCACUGGGAAAUUCUUUCAUACAUCAGUUACAUCGGCUGUGGCCUGUCUGCCUUCUUCACUGCUUUGUCUCUGGUCAUUUAUGUCUUUAGCCGAAACCACAAACUGGAUUACUCCAUCUCCAUCCACGUCUCUCUGAGCGGGGCCCUGCUCCUCCUCAACACUGCCUUCCUGCUGACAGAGUGGGGGGCCACGACGGAGCCUGACUGGGUUUGUGUGUUCGUGGCGGCUGUCAUGCAUUACUCUCUGCUCUGCUGUUUCACCUGGAUGGCCAUCGAGGCUCUUCACCUCUACCUCCUGCUCAUCAAGGUGUUCAACACCUACUACAAGCACUACCUGCUCAAACUGUCUCUGGCUGGAUGGGGGAUUCCUGGAGUAAUCGUUGGCAUCUCUUUGGGGUUGAAGGACUUUAAACAGUUUUAUGGAGUAUCACAUAUGACCAUGUCUGAUACAAACCAAACAAACGCCAUCUGCUGGAUCACAGACGACUCCUUCUUCUACUCCAUAAAUCUGGUCUACUUCACCCUCAUUUUCGUCUUUAACUCGGGCAUCCUGGUGGCGGUGGCUUCCAGCAUCUGUAGGAUGAAACAAGUGGUCAGGACCAGGACCAGCCUCAGAGCAGGGACCAUGGCGGAAAAGACCUGGAAUGACCCACAGAGGUUAAGUGACUCGUGCAGAGGGGGCCUCACUGUGCUGGGUCUCACCUGCCUGAUGGGGACCACCUGGGGUCUGGCCUUCCUGGGCUCAGGAUACGUCAACUACCCAAUCCUGUACCUGUUCUGCAUCCUCAACUCUGCACAAGGUUUCUUCAUCUUCCUGUGGAUCUGUCUCUCAGCCAAGAAGCAGAGAAAGAGAGAAAUGGAGGAAAGACUGAGUUCAACUCCUGUGAAGUCAUCAGGAAUCAAAUCUGAGUAGUUUGUCUUUGCUCCAUCAGUUGUUGUGAAAACUCAGACACUCCUGUGUAGCAUUCUACAGUUUCUUAACCUUAGUCUUCUGCUUGUAAAU